GUCCCUCAUUUGUGCCAAUGUUAACCACUCAUUUCAUAUAGCAGAUGAUCUUCCACACACCAUUUCAUCAUCUAUAAUUCUAUAUAUAGACAUACGACUUCAUGAUCAGUAACUCAACUCCUUCAUUAAAGAUCAAAGCUUCCUAUCUUUCCCAUAUCCUUUCAAAUUUUUUAUUGUUUAUCCACUUGGAAAUAUAAAAGCCAUGGGUUUCCGGCUUCCUGGAAUUGUUAGCCCCAAGAGAAGUCUUACCCAAUCUUCAUCUAAUGCAAACAAAACAGCUUCAAAGACCUUAGAUAUGCCAAAAGGCUAUUUUGCAGUCUAUGUUGGAGAAAGCCAGAAAAAGCGAUUUGUGAUUCCAAUAUCAUACUUGAACCAACCUUCAUUUAUGGAUUUGCUGAAUCAAGCUGAAGAAGAAUUUGGAUACGAUCAUCCCAUGGGAGGUAUCACAAUUCCUAGCAGUGAGGACACCUUCCUUGAUCUGACUUCCAGCUUAAGUGUGUGACUGAAUGAUGAAAUGAAAAUGGGAUCCAACUUCAUAUUCCAAAGGCAUCAGAAUUUCAGAACUGCUGAGUCAAGAUGAAGAAGAGGCAAGGCGAUGAUGGAUCGUCAACUGAAUCAACUCACCUCUUUGCUGAAGAGAAAUUUAUCUAACUCUGAAGCUGCUAUGGAGCUGAAAGAUACACAAUUUAUGAAGCAGACCAAUGGCGACUCCAUAUGAAUUCACAAAAACAAUUCGUCCAAAUAUCACAAAUCCAUUUUUGAACAUAAAGAUGGUGAAAUUUUGUCUUAGUCCCAUGUAAAUUUUGUGUUCUCCCAGGAUCAUAUCCUGGGAAUAUAUAACAGUUCAAUCCUCAUCAACUGUCUUGUCUUAUUUUGUAUUAGACCAGUGCCAGUUUGUUUAUACUAAAUGGAAGCAUACUUUUUCAACAAA